AUGGGAGACUCUUUGAUCAUCGCUAUAGACUUUGGGACUGCAUACAGCGGCUAUGCCUUCAGUUUAACCUCCAAAGGAGAGGAAAUUGAUCCUUAUGUGAAGGUCUGGGGUGAAGAAAAUGGCCUGGAAACCCCAAGGACUCCCAGCUGCAUCCUUUUUGAUAAACAAGAAGAGUUUGUGAGCUUUGGUUAUGUAGCCAAGAAAGAUUACCUUUCAAAAAGGGGCCAAGAAGCGAGAGACAUGUUCUUCUUUGAAUGCUUCAAGAUGGCACUCUAUGACAAAGAAAUCAAAAGAGAUCUGAUGAUCAAAGCAGCCAACGGGAAGUCGAUGAAGGCGUUGAAGGUUUUUGCAGAAACUCUGAGAUUCCUGAAGGAUGACGCUAUGGAAACCAUCAACUCCAAUGCAAAAGGGAGAAAGUUCAUUCCCUCUGACUUCACCUGUGUCCUGACGGUUCCUGCCAUCUGGGAUCCUUCAGCCAAACAGUUCAUGAGAGAAGCUGCAACCCAGGCAGGCAUUGUAUCAGAGGGAAAUGAAGAUAAACUAGUGUUUGCACUGGAAUCAGAAGCUGCUUCAGUUUGGUGUCAGAAGCUUCCAGCUGAGGGUUUUAUCACCCAGAACAUCAGCAGAAACACCCUGGAUCAGUCUCCAGGAACUCAGUACAUCAUCCUCAAUUGUGGAGAUGAAACUAUUGACAUCACUGUUCAUGAAGUCCUCGAUGGAGGAACCUUAAAGAAGCUGCACAAUGCCUCUGGAAACGACCUGGGAGGACAAAAUGUAGACAGAAAAUUUAAACAGUUCCUCAGAGAGAUAUUCUGUGAUGGAGUCUGGGAUGAAUUUGAACAAAACUACCCUAGUGAAGUUCAGAAAAUAAUGUAUUUCUUCACACUUUUCAAAAAGCGGGAUCAAGAUGUAGACAUCCCCUGCUCAUUUAACCUGGGAAGAUUGGCUCAGACUAAAAAGGAUAUUGAAAAGUUCCUUGAAGGAGUUCAAGGAGCUUCCUGGAAUGAAGGAUCGAUCAAAAUCUCCAAAGAGAAACUGAGAUCUUUCUUUGACGAGAGUCUGCAGGGGAUCGUAAAGAGUCUAGACAUUAUUUUAAGAAGAGGUUACAGAAUUGGGUACAUUCUGUUAGUCGGGGGGUACGCUGACAGCCAGAUUCUACAGAGGCGCAUUACUGAGGAGUACAUUGGUGAAUGCAACGUUCUGUGUCCAUUUAGGCCACAGGAAGCCAUCCUGAAAGGAGCUGUGAUGUUUGGGAGAAACCCAGCAGUUGUAACAUCCAGAAAAAGUGCCUUCACUUAUGGACUUGGUAUAGCUCAGAGGUUUGAUGUGUCAAAACACAGAGCAGACCAGAAAUACACAAACCAAGAUGGUGAGUGGUGUGACGAUGGUUUCAUGAAACUGGCAGAAAUUAAUGAGGAUGUUGGUUGGAACUAAAUCAAAAGCUUUAGUUUGUUUCCAACAAGCUCCACACAAAUAACCAUGAUCUAUUAUUUGUAUCGU